AUGAAGACCACACUCGCCUUCCUGGCUUCGCUCGUCGUGCUGCUGUGCGCCUUUAACGUCCUCAGGACCGAGGCCGCCAUCGAUGGCGCCACCGCCACCUUCACCAACCAGACCUUCAGCGAGAACGGCACCAACCUCAUCGGCACCUUCGAAUUCACCAAGGACUUUGCCGCCGAUUCCCUCCAGUGCAACUUCACCUUCCCCGGCGACAAGACCUUCUUCAAGGUCAUGGACCGCUACCUCAUCAGCUACAACCAGCAGCGCCCCAACUUCACCCUCAAGAGCGACAUCAGCUCCAAGACGCUCAGCACGGGUUUGGUGCACAUUUACAACAAUGCCACCAUCACCAACGGCACGUCGAUCGUCUACUACCUCUACCCGUACGACCAGCAGAAGAACUUCGGCAGCAAGUUCGACCUCGGCGUCAGCUGCCAGCUCGAUGGUGAUGUGCUCGUCGAGCAGACCCUCGCCAGCGUGGUGAUCAACAACCCCAAGGGCGGCAGCUCGAGCGCGGCCACCAUCACCAGCUUCUUCCUGCCCCUCCUCACCACCUUCCUCCUCUACUAA